CUGCGGGGUGAUGGCCAGGUUUGUCGCCACCGCCGCCGCCUCGGCAACAGGAACCGAGUCGCCGCUGCCACUGCCGCCUGGGUCGCCGGCCACCUGCGCGCUGGCUGCGCGGGGUCCGCAGCCAUGGAUGAUUUUAUCGUGAUCUCGGACGACAGCGGCUCCGAGAGCUCCGAGGGGACCCGCUCGGGCCGGGCGCGGCGGCUCCGCCGGGCCCUGUCCCGGACCUCCGGUGCGCUGUCCCGCCGGACCGUGGACUUCAUUGACUUAACGAGAGAAACCAGAUCCAGAGCAAAGGAUCGCAAUGGACUCUGUGUAAUUGACCUGACGAGGACUGAGGAUGAUAACAGACCUAUUGCCACUCUUGACUUGACUCUAGAAGCUGUUGCUCCUUCCCAGAAGGAGCCGACCAGUCCUCAAACAUGUGCCAGCCUCUCCAGCAAAGAGGUGAUGGAAGGGCGGGUGGACAGAAGCUCCCGGCCCACAGCUCGCAGAAUCAUUCACAGUGAUCCUGUGGAUUUGGACCUUUUGGAAGAAACCAUAUUUGAAGCUCCCCAACCCCCUACAUCCAUCAGUGGGGACUCUGUUUAUCCAAACUGUAGCUCACUCUGUGAGCCAAACUGUAGCUCAACCACAUUCAAAGGUGACCUCGGCUUCUUGGCCAGCCUACAGCUAUCUUCAGAUGUUCACCCCCUCUCCCCAACAAGCAAUAAUGGUAGCAGCAGCAAUCGAAGGGCACCCUUGCCAUGCCCACAGCAAGAUGUGCCUUGCCCACUGCGAGCCUUGCCAUGCCCACCGCGAGCCUCCUCAUGCCCACCACGGGCCUCCUCGUGCCCGCCACGAGCCUUGUCAUGCCCAUCACAAACCGUGCAGUGCCCGCUACAAGCUUUGCCUCACCUGCCUCAAGAAGUGCCAUGCCCUCCUCCAGAUGUGCCACGCCCUCAGCAAAACAUGCCAAACCCACCUCAAGACUCAUCAUGGCGUCCUCAACACUCGCCAAGGCCACCUCAAGACUCACUCUGCCCACUUCUGGGCCUACCUCAAGAUGUACCAGGCCCACCUCAAAACAUGUCAUAUCCACAAGAUGUGGCACAUUUGCAAGACAUGUCACAGUCACAGGGAGACAUGUCACAGUCAGCUGGAGACGUGUCACAAGCUCCAGGAAACAUGUCACAGUCACCAGGAGACGUGUCACGGUUACCAGGAGAUGUGCCUCAGUCACCAAAAGACAUGCCUCGGUCAUCGGGAGAUGUGCCUCAGCCACCAAGAGACAUGCCACAACCACCAAGAGAUGCGCCACAGUCACCAAGAGAUGCACCACAGUCACCAAGAGAUGUACCACGGUCACCUAGAGAAGUCCCACACUUACCAAGAGAAACACUGCAAUCCCCUGGAGACCGGCCACACGUGCCGGGAGACGUGCCACACUCACUUGGAGACUUGCUUCGCUUACCACGAGACAGGCCUGAUUCUCCCCAAAAUGAUACCGAGACCCCUGACCCUCCUAUGGAUGUCUCAGUCCCACCCUCUCCACGCUGCGUGCCCAGCCCACCGUCUCCACAGUCUGCAACUUCCUUAGAGAAAGUUCCGUGGCUCUCUGCCACAGAAACACCAGGCAGAAAAGAGAUAUCCCUAUCAGAGCCUGCCAUCGCCGGGUCUGGCCAGGUGCACGCCCGAGCCCCAGAAGGUACCCACGGUGUGUACAACAAACCGUGCCUGCAUAGACUGAAGUACUUCUUACGACCUCCGGUGCAUCACCUCUUCUUCCAGACACUAGUUCCCGAUAAAGACAUAAGAGAGAGCAAGGGUCAAAAAUUAGAACCCAUCCCUCAUCGAAGACUAAGAAUGGUAACAAACACCAUUGAAGAAAAUUUUCCGCUGGGGACUGUGCAGUUUUUGAUGGACUUUGUGUCACCCGAGCAUUACCCACCCAGAGAAAUUGUAUCUCACAUCAUCCAGAAAAUCCUGCUCAGUGACUCUGAGGCCGUGGACGUCCUAAAGGAGGCCUACAUGCUUCUCAUGAAAAUUCAACAGUUACAUCCAGCUAAUGCCAAGACAGUGGAGUGGGACUGGAAGCUGCUCACUUAUGUCAUGGAAGAGGAGGGACAAAAUCUGCCUGGGCGACUCCUGUUUCUGCGUUAUGUCGUCCAGACCCUGGAAGAUGACUUCCAGCAGAUACUGAGGAAGCAACGACAGCACCUGCAGCAAUCCAUUGCAAGCACCAUGCUGUCCUGUGACAGGCAGCCCCACAACAUCAGGGAUGUGAUCAAGUGGUUGGUCAAAGUGGUAACUGAAGAUGGAUUAACUCAGCCCCCAAAUGGGAGCCAGACCUCUUCACGAACAGGAAUCUUGAAGGCCAGCAGUAGCCAUCCAUGUCCCCAGCCUAACCUGACAAAGAACACCACUCAGCUGAUUGUCUGCCAGCUGCAGAGAAUGCUGUCCAUCGCCGUGGAGGUAGACCGGACCCCCACCUGCAGCUCCAAUAAAAUCGCUGAGAUGAUGUUUGGGUUUGUGCUGGACAUUCCUGAGAGGAGUCAGAGAGAGAUGUUCUUUACCACCAUGGAGAGCCACCUCCUGCGCUGCAAAGUGCUGGAGAUCAUAUUCCUCCACAGCUGCGAGACGCCUACCCGCCUGCCCUUAUCUCUGGCCCAGACCCUCUAUUUUCUGAACAAUUCCACAUCACUGCUCAAGUGUCAGUCAGAUAAAACCCAGUGGCAGACAUGGGAUGAGCUGGUUGAGCACCUGCAGUUUCUGUUAUCCAGUUAUCAGCAUGUUUUACGAGAGCACUUACGGAGUUCGGUGAUCGAUCGCAAAGACUUGAUCAUCAAAAGGAUUAAGCCCAAGCCCCAGCAAGGCGACGACAUCACCGUCGUGGACGUGGAGAAGCAGAUCGAGGCCUUCCGCAGCCGCCUGGUCCAGAUGCUGGGGGAGCCGCUCGUCCCCCAGCUCCAAGACAAAGUGCACUUGCUGAAGCUCCUGCUCUUCUACGCCGCAGGCCUGAACCCCGACGCAGAGCCGCCCCCCGGAGAACUGGAGCAGCCCCUGAGGUCCUUCUACGCACUGAACACCAAGAAUGCCUCCUGAACGCUAUCUGCAACUACCUGGAAGUCCUAAAAGCAUAAAAAGGAGUUAGAGAUCAUCUAGGACCAAACCUAGCUUGUGUAUCUGUAGGUUCUCACUUUCUCUUUAGUAAACGUCUUUCUUUUUAUAAUCCUAUCCUAGCCCAUUCUCAAAUAUGGCUUCAGGAUACAAGGUGUAUAGAUUUUUUAAAUAAAUUAUUUAUGUAUACUUUUUUUGAAACAGGUACUACUAUAUGCCCUUAUGUUUAACAUUUCCAUUCAAGAUGUGAAAAAAGAAUCCCUCUGCGGAACAAAUUCUAGAUGUCAAUGUUGUUACUCAAGGUACUGAUGAUCUGUUUCAAAAGAGAAAGAUGUAUUCAUUUCUCCCUAAUGGAACAUAAACAUCAAUAUUAGACCUGUUAAUAUUCCCUAUGAACUUGACUUUGUGGCCAGUGUAUUAAGAUUUAAUGUAAUGGGGGUGGGGUGGGGAGCGGGUUAGAAACAAAAGGAUGAGUACAUUACAAAAAAUAUGAUGUUAAAAGGGUAAUAAAAAGGCAAUGGUUUUUCAAAAUACCAAGUUUCCCAUGCUUAGGCUCCAUGACUGAGUAGCAGAAUGGAAUAACUACUCUUAACAGGACAAAGAAAACAGCCACCCACAUUUGAGAAAGUGGUAUGGAUUUUUAUUGUCAAAACAAGUAAGAGAUACCAGCAUCACAGAAGACAAAUAAAUUAAUUGUUCUGAUCCUUGGAGGCUGCAGGCCUCCCUAUGGAAAGGCCAGCUCCACUAUGCAGACACGAUCCUGUCCAAAGCAAACAGGGGACUGGAGACUAUUCGUGACAAUGACAGCACGUCCACAGGGAGGAGAGGACAGGUGCGUCCCCCGGUGCCUUUCCUCCGGAAGCUCUGUGUGUAUACAGAUGUGAGACUCAUUUGGGGGCAAAGAUUGCAUAUAGAAGUUUUCUCCUUCUCCCACCUCUCAGGCCCGAACAAGGAAAUCAGAACGAGUAACACAGGCUUCACUCACACGACCCUCAAGACAAUCACUAGCCUCAUUCCCACCUUCUGUGUAAAAGAGCUUAACAUCCAUUUAUGGAGACCAAACCAGCAGGCUGAACUUUCUGCCUUUGAAAGUUUUCAACCAAACUGGAGUUAAAUUAACCUCACUUUAAAAGUGCAACAGAGGAUACCAGGGCUUGUUUGUUCUGACCCGUGACUGCUCCCGCAGCAGGCCUGGAGGCAGUGCCAGGAGGCAGGGAAGCGGCUCCCUGCCAAGUCUGGCUUUGAACCAUGCUCAGAUGGCGAACAGGUCGCAGGUCCCUGUAACUGACAAGGCUGGCGCGCAAGCACAGCCCUGUCGAGAGGGCCGAGGACGGCCAGGCCAGUGAGCACCUCUGUCCGCGACCUGUGCGGGCUCACGCUGAUGUGGUCAAGGAAUCAAGUGGCCUCGGCUGGGAACAACACAAACACUAGUUACCUAGUAAGCAGUGAUCACAGACCUGGUCUAGGCUAAAUGAUACCGAAAUAGUAAUGAGGCCCCUACGUCGCUGCUGCGAUUAUUGAGUCUAACUUUAAAUUAAAGCAAUAUACAAUGGCUUCUUCCACAAGGACAAGCUUUGCACUAAUGUUUCUCAAAAACCAAUUAUGUCUCCAUCUCUAGCCUCGGAUUAAGAGGUUCUGAAAAAAACAACA